GCCUGUGUCUAGUUCAAAACCAGGAUCUGCUUCACGAUCUUGACCUAAAACGAACCUGGUUUUGUGGGGAGAGGAAAAACUUCGGGGUUCUUGCAGUGCAGCCUCUUCCUCUCCGCCAAGGAUCGCUCCAGCUCUUCUUCCUGUCCUAGUGGUCUCCAAGUGCUUCCACCUCGAAUAGGGGUGCACGAUAGAGAUGUUUUGGGCUGAUACCAAUAGCUGAUCUAAUAAGUGACAAUCAGCCCAGCCCAAGUGAAGUCAUGGAAGCACUAUUGGGACCAGAUCAGUAUAAGUGGGCCACUAUGAACCAUGAAGAACGCAUGGCAGCAGCUGCUAUGGCCUUUACCCAUCUGUGUGCAGAGCAAGGUAAUGGAGAUAGCUUGAGAAGAACCUGGGCUCCCUCUCACUAUGACUCCUACAUUAAGGCUUCUGUGAGUUCUGGGAUCAAGCCAUCUCUUCCUCUACCAAUGCACCAGCAGACAGAACAAAGCAUGCAAUCGGAGAGCCUCUCUGAAGUACCCACAGGAACUAGGAAGCCAGUGAUGAAACGGAAAGUUUUGAGGAGGAGGCCUAAUGGAGAAGUGGAAAUAUCUGAUGAGUCGGCCAUUAGUGAACCAGAGACCAAUGAUGAAAGUGGCAACGAGGUCUGGGAUUUGAGACGGAAACUGCUUCAUCUACUUGCCCAUCAGGAAGACAGUGUAGCUGAGGUAGAAACUGAGCCAUGUAGCAGUUCCCCUGAGAAGUCUUUUCUGGAUCUCCUCCAUAACACGCUCCCCCACAGACACAUUCCCCCAUUUUUCCCUAGGGAUUGCCAGAGUCAGGGCUCCUCAGCUUUUGAACAGGACUUACCUGAACAACCAAAGUCCUUUAUUCCUCCAAGAUUAGAGCAGCUAGGUCGUAAUCGUGGGAAGACUGAUAGAGUAGCCAGGUAUUUGGAGUAUAAGCGGGACUGGGAAACAUUCCGGAUACCAGGGGAGGAUCACAGAAAAGAACUGUGCUGGGGAAUCCGGGAACAGAUGCUGUACAAACCUAACAUCCCAGCUAGGUCUCAGCGCACCUAUGUCCCCAACAAUUAUCUGGUCCCUACAGAAAAGAAGAGAUCUGCCUUGCGCUGGGAGGUACGCUGUGACCUGGCAAAUGGUCUCAUACCCAGGAAGAGCUUCUCCUCAUAGGUAGCCAGAGUUUCUUCAGCUCCAUCCAUAGAACUGUUCAUCAUAUGGCUGCUUAGAGCAGUGAUAUUGUUAAGUUAUUUGUUCUCUCUUGUAACCUCAACACUUCGUUUUAACAAAAAUCUCCCUUGUGCUUCUACAUAAACAAGUUUAUCUUAGGCAGAGCUAUUUUAUACUAUCUUGUUACCAAAUAGGAAGACAACUGACCCAAUUGGCCAGACCUGCAAAAUCUCUGAGAAGGAGACUUGCGUGUGAAGCUCUUAAAGUGAAGAUGACCAACUUAUAGGAAUCUUGUAUACCCAGGAGAAUAACCAGUACCACCAGCCUGUUUUGCCUUUAUUUGCUCUUGCUCACCUGAAUGAAUGGUUUUAUCUAUCUUCUAGGUGAUACAUUUCUUUAUUAAAACAUGUAAAACAAUC